GUUGCGGUCAGGAUGCAGCUCUCCGUGGUGUUUGCCACCGUGCUUCUGCUCCUCCACAGUGCUGGUGCCUUUUCCUCCAAUGACACGAUUUACCUGCUGACUGCCAAUUCCCAGCCUGUAGGGGGCAGUACUGAGACACUGUGUGUCCAUGUCCACACCUCCCAAAAAACCUUAUUGUUACAUGUGACUCUGGAACACGGGCAAACCAGCAAGACUCUUCUGAGCCAGACUGUUGUAAGACAAGACCACUACCAGUGUGUUUCCUUUAAGGUUCCUGCUGUAAGCAUAGAUACAGAAGCAUCCAUUGUCUUUGAGGUAAAAGGGAAAACUACAUUCCUAAAUGGGACAACAAAGAUCCUCAUAAAACCUCCUGCUCAGCUGACCAUCAUUGCAACAGACAAACCCUUGUACAAACCAGGACAGACAGUGAAAAUCCGCAUAGUGUCUCUGGAUUCCAACUUCCUCACCUACAAUGGGAUGUUCUCAACAGUGGAGCUGCAGGACCCCAACUCCAACCGUAUUGGUCAGUGGCUGAACAUGUCCACAUCCAGCGGCUUCCUGGAUCUGUCGUAUCCCGUAAGCCCCGAGGCUGCAGAGGGAUCCUAUGUCAUCACUGCCUGGAAUGAGGGGAAUGAACCAAUCACGCAAGACUUUGAAAUCAAGAAAUAUGUGCUGCCAAAGUUUGAAGUGACCGUUGAGCUUCCUCCAGUCAUAACCAUUCUGGACUCAACGGUCACACUUAAAGUGUGUGCAAAGUAUACUUAUGGGAAACCAGUGAUGGGGUCUGCGACUGCCGUGGUCUGCCGCAGAAGUUACAGAUACUGGUGGUUUGCGCCAGGAAGUGCACAACUUUCAGACAUCUGUAGAACUUUUACCAUGAUGACUGGCAGGACGGGCUGUGGGUCCUACAUCAUUGACCUGAGCGACUUUGCACUGAAUGAUACACAAUAUGAAGACCUUAUUAGUGUUGAUGCUGAACUGGAGGAAAAUGGGACAGGAGUGGUCCUGUCGGGGUCUGGAAGCUCUACUGUUACAAGUGACAUCGUCACUCUCACCUUUGUGGACACUCCGGACACGUUCAGGCUUGGGUUGACCUACAAAGGAAAGAUUAAAGCCACUGGCCCAGACUCUACUCCAGUGAAGAAUGAAUCGGUGUAUCUCGUUGUAAAGUAUGCUGGAAACAAAAACAAAACCUGGAAGUUGGUUACCGAUGGCAACGGUGUUGCCCCCUUCUCCUUAGACACACGUUCCUGGGGUUCACAGUCCGUCUCCUUAGAGGCCCAAUAUCUUGAGGAAAAGAAACCACUUGGAAAUAUGACCAACAUUAGAACACCAAACUACCUCUUUGCUUACCUGUUGGUUCAGCCCUUCUACUCCCAAAGCAGAAGUUUCCUGGCACUGCAGCGCCCACUGGGGGUGUUCAGGUGUAAUAGAAACGCUACAGCGCUGGUUCAGUACAUCAUACAGGGCAAUGCACUGCAACCAACCCAACUCUCCCUAGAUUUCUUCUACAGGGUGAUGUCCCGGGGUAGGUCGGUGCAACAGGGAAGUGUCUCUGUGGCUGUGCAGCCAGAGAAAGAGAACCGAGGAGGAGUGGUGGUGCCCCUCCAGGAUGUGCGUGCUCUGUCUCCGCUCGUCCAGGUAGUGGUGUACGCCAUGCUCCCGAGAGGGGAGGUGGUAGCCGACAGCAUGGACUUCCCCGUUGAGCUGUGUCUGGCUAACAAGGUGUCUCUGAAUUUCUCUUCUCCUGUGGAGCUGCCCGGGAGUUCUGUGGAGUUGAUGCUGAAGGCUCACCCAGGCUCGCUGUGCUCCGUGAGGGCCAUCGAUCAGAGCCUGUUGUUGCUCAGCCCGGAGAAGGAGCUCAGCAUUGAAUCUGUCUUCAAGCUGCUCCCUGUCUACGAGUUGUUUGGAUACCCAGAUGGCACUGAAGACUUCUACCCUUGCUCUGAGACGCCACCUAGCCUGCCAAAUCCUCAAACAAAUCCCAGACUCAUUUACUCUGAUCCAUACAAUGGAAAUGUUGAUGUGUACAGCGUCUUCAAAGAUGCUGGAAUCAAGAUCAUUACCAAUGUUGACCUAAAAAAGCCCUUUGACUGCAGUAGUCCACUGCUGUAUUUUGGCCCUGUAAAACUGGCCUUCGCCAAAGAAUACUCUACAGGUUCUGGUCAGACUCCCUCAAACCAAAACCCACCAGCCGCCACGGUCCGCAGAUACUUUCCAGAGACUUGGAUCUGGGACCUUGUUCAUGUGGGCAAGUCUGGGGCUAUUAGGGUCAACAAGACUGUCCCAGACACCAUCACCACGUGGGAGGCAGGGGCGUUCUGUACAUCUCCGGUCGGGUUUGGCGUGGCCCCAAAGGUCAACCUCAGGGCCUUCCAGCCUUUCUUCGUGAGCCUGACCCUGCCCUACUCCAUUGUCCGUGGAGAGGUGUUCACGCUCAAGGCCACAGUCUUCAACUACCUCCCCUCCUGCAUCAUGGUACAGGUGAUGCUGGCAUCCUCAAAGCAGUUCUCAGUCCAACCCUGCAAGAGCUGCAAUUACACACACUGCCUCUGUGCUGAUGACAGCUGGACCUUCACAUGGGUCAUCACGCCCUCCGUGCUAGGUGAGGUGGUUUUCACAGUGACUGCAGAAGCAGUACAGACAUCUGCACUGUGUGGGAAUCGGGUGACCGGUGUGCCGGAGAAAGGACAUAUGGACACGGUGGUUCAGACCCUGCUGGUGGAGGCAGAGGGCACCAAACAAUCCAACGCUUACAAUGAGCUCCUCUGUCCUGCAGGUGUUGUGGAGAGAAAUGUUACACUGAAGUUGCCUAAAGUGAUUGUGCAGGGUUCCCCCACUGCCUUUGUCUCUGUGCUGGGAGAUCUGAUGGGCCAUGCGCUGCAGAACCUGGACAACCUGCUGGCCAUGCCGUACGGCUGUGGUGAACAGAACAUGCUGCUCUUUGCCCCCGACAUCUUCAUCCUGAGGUACUUGGAGAGCAGCGGCCAGCUGACACCCGCCAUCAGGAGCAAAGCCACCUCCUUCCUGCUGAGUGGCUACCAGAGAGAGCUGACCUACAAGCAUGAGGAUGGAUCGUACAGUGCCUUUGGGACCUCCGACAACUCGGGCAACACCUGGCUCACUGCGUUCGUGAUGAAGUCUUUCGAAAGCGCAAAGCAAUACAUCUUUAUCGAUCAGACGGUCAUCGAUCAGGCCAAGACUUGGCUGGGCAACAAGCAGCAGCUAAACGGCUGUUUUGCCUCAGUGGGCAACCUCAUCCAUGUGGACAUGCAGGGUGGAGUGAACGAUGAGGUGACCCUCUCGGCGUACGUCACAGCUGCUCUACUGGAGUUGGGCACCCAGAGGACAGACCCCAUGGUUUCCAAGGGUUUGGACUGCCUGAGGAACAUCUCUGCACAGGUGAACUCCACCUAUGCCAUCGCCCUCCUCUCCUACACCUUCACACUAGCUGGAGACCAGGUGAUGAGAGGAACCCUGCUCUCCCGCCUGAACCAGCGAGCCGUAGUGACAGUGGAUGGGCGGCACUGGGGCAGUGGACGUGUUGGGACGGUGACGGACUCUCUGGACGUGGAGACGACCUCCUACGUGCUCUUGGCUGUGCUCUCUGGACCCCUGCUGCCCCAGUUUGAGCUGGGCUACAGUGCCAGCAUCGUCCGCUGGCUGGGCCAGCAGCAGAACGCCUUUGGCGGUUUCGCGUCUACGCAGGACACUGUAGUAGCUCUCCAAGCUCUGGCAAUAUACAGCACUGCCACCUACAGUCCGAUGGGUGCCAUUGCAGUUAAUGUGACUUCCCCCUCAGGCGUGAGGAAGAGGUUCACGGUGAACCAGCGCAACAGGCUGCUGUACCAGCAGGCCAAGCUGCAGCAGGUGACUGGGGUCUACAAGGUCAGGGCAUCAGGCCAAGGCUGUGUGUUUGUGCAGUUCACCCAGCACUACAACAUCCCGCCUCCCAAUGACUUCUCCUCCUUCAGUAUCGCGGUCAACACAAGCUCAAACUGCAGUGCCCCAAACCUGUCUGUGGGGGUCACUGUGACUGUCAGGUAUAACGGUAACAGGACUGAGACGGACAUGGUGGUCAUCGAGGUCAAGCUUCUGUCUGGGUUCAGGCUGGUUGAUGGCUCACUGAUGCCAGUAGCUGGCUCUACAGAGGUGAAUGGCACUGUGAAGCGUGUGGAUCAAACGGAGAGAAACGUCGUCAUCUACCUGAAUGGGCUGAAGAAGGGAGAGACCAAGACCUACACUCUGGUUAUCCAGCAGGACAUAGCAGUGCAGAACCUGAAGCCAGCUGUGGUGAAGAUCUACGACUACUACCAGCCCAGUGAUGUGGCCGUUACACAAUACACGUCUCCAUGUAACGAACGGUAGACCACGUGCCCUGCUGCCUGCACUAAUGUUGGCCAUGUUGUACUGCAUUGUACCAGGAGAAUCUGUCAAUUAGAUCUAAUGUUACUAUUCUUCUAGGUGACUGUUGUGUAAUUACUCGGGUAUUUAGCUGUAUUAAAAUUCUCUU